UUGUCUGAAUGAUCAAAUACGAUUUUCUUGAAAUUGUUUUGCCUCCAUGCCUUUGCUUCUGAAGUUCCUCUUCCUUCUGAAUGAGACUCAUAAUUAAGCUAUAGAAAUAUCUCGUAAAAGAAAGAUCCAAGUUUGCAACUUUGCAGGAGGAGAUAAGUAAAGGGGAUGGCACAGUUCGCAACACAGGGUAGCUUGAAACUACUCUUUAAUGGAGAGGGAGUGUCGUCUCUUUUGGAACACAGGGACCCAUUUCACUACAAGUUUAGAUCAAUUCAGACUCACAGGCGAAGGCUCGGCUAUAUUGGCUCAUCAGGUAGUAUUUACUAUUCAUCAUCAUCUCCAAGUAGCAAAUCGAACCGUUGCAAUGCCGAGGCACGCCCCUCGGACUGUGUCUAUGAUGAAGGUGAUUCUGAUGAUGAGUUUGAGAGCGAUAACUUGGCUUGUUUCAGAGGCCUGGUGUUAGAUGUAUCGUACAGGCCAGUCAAUGUUGUAGGCUGGAAACGUGCUAUAUGUUUGGAGUUUAUGGAGAAGGCUGAUGUUCUAGAGUAUUAUGAUCAAACGGUGAACUCGCCUAGCGGGUCUUUCUAUAUACCAGCGGUCUUGAGGGUUCCUUAUUUACUUCAAGUUGUUAAAAGAAGGAUCAUCAAGAGCAAUCUUAGCCGGAAAAAUAUACUAUUCCGGGACAAUUACACUUGCCAGUAUUGCUCUUCAUAUGAGAAUUUGACCAUUGACCAUGUAAUACCUACUGCACUGGGUGGAGAAUGGAAAUGGGAAAAUCUAGUUACUGCUUGUGUCAAAUGCAACUCGAAGAAAGGUCAUAGGACUUUAGAGGAAGCAAAAAUGAAGCUGCUUAAAGCUCCAAAGGCCCCGAAAGACUACGACAUACUUGCCAUACCCUUAACAAGUGCAGCUCUGAGAAUGCUGACAAUGAGAAAGGGAACACCUGAAGAAUGGCGCCAGUAUCUAAGGUCCUCUUAAGAGCCAUGAAUUCAUCUCUCGGGUCAUCCCUUUAUAUGUCAUACAUUCAUGCUCACCAAAAACCUAAUAAAUAGAAGAGACUUUCUCGUAAACACAAGGACAUGUUAACCUGAAAACCCCCCCCCCCCAAAAAAAACCAAACUGUACUAUUCAUCUCAGGAAUCUUGUUAAAUAUAUGUAUAGUAGGUUCCUGCACGCUGUUGAACAAGACUGUGUAUGUGGUCUUACUCAAAUUGAUGUACAGAAUUAAUAUUAAUAUUAUAAGAGAACGCCUGUAAUUGGGAUUGCAUUUGCAUGUCC